UCGUGUUUUUGGGGGAUUGAUGAGUGUUUCGUUUUACAUGUUUUUUAUCUUUUAUUGGAUUUAAUUAGGUUAAAAACGCUGAAUACCUUUGGUGUGCGAUGAGAUACCAUUUUACAAUAUCGAUAUCAUUGCGUCCUAACUGCUUUAUGCAAUAAUACAAAAGCAUGAGUAAGUUUUACCAAGCGCGUUCAACUAAGUUAGUACUACACUAUUUCAUGUUCCUAGCAGAGUUUGCGAUUUCGAUCUUCUCCUAUUAUGCGUUAUUAAAUACUCGUGAUAUGCGUUUAGCGUGAAACGUGAAGCAUUAUUCACGCUAUCACGAAAACGAGGCUCCGUACAGGUGCUUGGAAUCCAAGAUGGCGGAUUCAGCUGGGUUUGAAAGCGCUAUUGGUGUUAUUGCCAUUUCGGCCUGUCUGGGCGCUGUUAUCCUAGCUAUUUUUGUUUUUGUGAGCUUAAGAAACAACUCCCAAGAUGAAAACAGUGCUUCGGAUUCAAAGGAGAAGAGGGAAAAAAGCAAAGAAAAGCCCCAAAAUGGCACAAAAUCCGCAAAGGGAAAGAAAAGAAACCAAUCCCAAGGAGUGAUGAAUCACCGGCGGCAGUUUGCGGCUCUUAAAGGCCACACAUCCGAAGUUUUAGAUCUGGAUUUUAGUUUGAAUGGGAAACUACUUGCGUCUACUUCACAAGACAGGACUGUAAGAUUGUGGAGUGUCAAGGAUUUUAAAGAAAAGGAACACAAAUAUGUGCGAGCAAAUGUUGACUUUGAUCAUGCAACAAAAGUAAACUUCAGCCCUGAUUCAAGUGAAGAUAUAGCUCAACAACAACAACAACAACAACCUCUACGCUUCAGGGCAUUUAUCACAGCACUAGCAAAUGGCAAUACCAUACGAGUAUUCAAAGUUAGCAAGAAAAAGGAUGGCACUGGUACUACAAUAACAGGAGAGUUUGACUUUCCUGUCAGACAUAAAGCAGAAAUUAUCAACAUUGCUGUGGCUUCUAACGGCAAAUAUAUCAUGUCAUGUUCCAAGGACACUACCAUUAUCAUCUGGGAUCUUAAAGGGGAGGUGCUUGCAACCUUAGACACUUUACAAAUCAACAACAGCUUCUCUGCUCUGUCACCUUGUGGGAGAUUUGUAGCCUCUGCAGGAUUCACUCCAGAUGUCAAGCUAUGGGAAGUGAAAUUCAACAAAUCUGAUGCAUUUGAGCAGGUUUCCAGAGCAAUGGAGCUCAAAGGCCAUACUGCAGGUAUCUAUCACUUCAGCUUCUCGGCCGACUCCAAGAGAAUGGCGACAGUGUCCAAGGACAGUACAUGGAGAGUCUGGGAUAUUGAUGAAAGUAAUGAGCCCGUUUGCCUUGUCUCUGUAGUGGAAUACACGAAGCAGCAGGACCCCGCCCUCCUGAUGACGGGUAUCUACGACGCAUCAUGUAACAUGUACGAUAACAUGCUGAUUUCUAUCUCGCCUGAUGCCUACGUCACGGCCAUCUCCAUGGGUCGCUGUAUCGCUCUUUUCAACACAGAGAAUGGGAACUUGGAGGAGCUUCUCCAAGACGUCCACGGAGACACUAUAACAGCCAUUGCAUGGCACCCGAGUUCCCGCUACCUGGCGUCUGCAGGAGGGAGUGACCGUCAGAUCAGGGUGUGGCACAAUGCGGCGGGGAUCAAGGUGCAGAUUGACGACCUCAAGGGGAAACUUGUUCGCGCCAAGAGCGACACUAUACGGGGUCGCAUUGAACAGCAAAUCUUAGAAGCAAGUGCAUCUCUGGACGAGCUCAAUGUCUAGCCUCGCAAGGCCGCUGACAGCAUGCAAGACCUGGUGGUGGCGAAUGUACGGAACAAACAAGAAGUGGACUAGUUAGGCUAGACGUUCAAUUUAAACGGGCGACUUUUUGUCCACUUUUUCGUAUUAUCUUUUGCAACGCUACCUAGUUGCAUCGCAUGUAUUAAUGGGCUGUGAAACACCAGAGCAACAUUUCUAAAGAGAACGAUAACAAAAGGAAAUUUCUUUCUGAUGUUAGUCCUUUCGUACACGAUGCCCUAGUCCCACUCUUUUUGGCCGCGUAAAGUGACUCUUCUGAAAGCGACCGCAAAGGAGGCUGGGGUGACUAAACACGGUAUAGUCCCGGCUCUAUAAAGGAGUUUAAAUUUCGCAUAGAACAAAUUCACGAUUUAAUCAAUCCCCUUUUGAUUUCUUAUCCGCCAUACAAAUUGAAAAGGGAAUAAUAUAUCUUUGAAAAGCCCCUAUGAAUUUUAAUUAUUUUAAAAUUAUUUAAAGAUCGGAUUUAGGUUAGUGCUGAGAUUUCAAAGUCAAAAUGGAAAUGAGAACAACAGUGUCAUGGAAUUAUUUUUCUGUUAUAGUCUUUGUUAGCUGAGCGGGAAUUCUAACAAUAAAAUAUAAACUGAUUAGAAGCUUAUUUUGUGUAAAUGGAUCGACCCACAUCCAUGACGUUCCAUUCAGGAGAAUUUUGAAUAAAAUAUGUCAUGAACGUGGAAA